GGCGGAAAGAGAGGAUCCUUCCUUCCAUUCGAUUAUCGAGGUAGAGAAGAGCCAUUCGGGCGUGAUGGCUUUUGGUUGGCCUUCUUAAAUCGAAGGAAACGCGAAUCUAAAUCAUAAAAACAAAAGAUAAUAUUUAGAAACAGAGGGAGGAGGGUCGCUGGAUCCCGGGGUGGAAAACCAGCGAGAGAGAGGGAGAGAGAUCGCUUGUGGAGUUGGUCUCGAGGAUCCGGGGGUGUGGAGCGAGGAUUUGGGCGUCAAAUCGGCUGCCGGAAAAGAUUCGAUCAACACCCCCUUUGGAUCCUCUCCGCCCCCUCUCGCUCUUCUUGCUUUGCGGAACCCCUCAGACAAAGCAAUCGGAGCCGAUUUUAGCGAGAUCUCUGGCGCCUGGAGAUAGAUGCUCCCUUUAUUUUUUUUUGAAUUGACUUCCCUUCCUUCUCCACCUCCUCCUCUUCUUAAUACAUCUCCACCCAUCACCCCAUCCCUCCAUCCAAAGCUCUCCUUCCUCGCCCCACCUUCUCCUCCUCAUUUUUUAUCUUGUUUUGUUUAGAUGCGUAUUCCUAAGAUAGAUGCGUGUCUUGGUCUUGACUUUCUCCUCCGUGGGUCUUCUUGAUCCAGGCUGUUUCGGAGUUGAUGGUGUUGAGAUUGUUCUUUUGGAUCUUGUUGAUAGGCGUCUCUUAAAUUUUGAACGUUAGAGAGAAGAAACAUUGAGUACCUGGGUUUGAACAUAUCGGUUAGAGUGUAUCUUCUUGGUGUUGUUAUUUGUUUAGUGUAUUUUUAGUGUAUGUCGUUUUGGAUCUGGGAAUGUUCUUUUGAGAUUCGUAUCAAGAUUGGGCGAAUGUUGUUUUUCCUGGGUACAAUCAAUCUUUAGAUGGAAGGGGGCUUUCAAGUGAAAGAUAAGCAUCAAGAUAGCCAGGCAUAAUGGUGCUAGAAGAAGAGCAAGCAAGAUGCAGCAAUAGCAGUAGAGGUGGUGGUAAAAAGAAGAACAAGCAGAAUAAAAUCCCUCAACGAGGUCUUGGAGUUGCUCAGCUAGAGAAGUUACGGAUAGAAGAGCAGAAAAAGAACGCUGCCUCUUCUUCCUCUAAUGCUUCACAAGGCUUGAGCCUUUUCCCCCCACAGCAGCCCAUCCUUCCCUUCUUGACGGCCACAGAUGAUCCGAAUCCGACGUUAAGGCCGGUUGUCAGUCCUGAUCCCCUGUUCAGGCAUUCCGAAGCUAUUUCGACCCCAACCAACUACCUCAACAACACCCUCCCUCAAGUGUUGGAAAAUUCCAUUUCUGAUUCAGGGAAUUCUGGCAAUGGGUUCUUGCCCAUGCUGUGGAACAGCCCUCUCAAUGCGGAGGCACUGGCUAGAAAUUUCGGUUUUCGUACUCCGCCGGAUGGUGAAUCUUUGAUCCCUGAUUGGCAGUCCUCUGGCCUUUUGCAGAGGAGGCAACAACAGCAGCUCUCACCUUUUUCAGUGGUGAACAAGGCAUUGCCACCUUCAUCGUCUGGAGUUAGUCUUCAGAUGGAGCCCCCUUCAAACCAAAGUAACUACAAUGUGUCUUCCUUCUGGCCAGAGGAGAGGGUGGUUGGCAUGAAGCGGCGAUGGCCCUUUCAUCUCGACAGCAUGCCUGGUCACACAUCCUUUCCCUGCAAAAAUCCUUCAUUCUCGAGCUCACAUCUAAAACCAAAUGAAUCUCUGCCUGACUUGAUAAAAUCUGAAACUAAAACCGCAUAUUUCAGAGGGGAAACUUCCAGUUCUAGCAUAUGUAACAUUGAACACAAAAGGUUUGUCGAUCUUGACAAUAGCAAUAAAGAAAAUGGUGGUGCCAUGGAUGGUGGUUUCCUCAGCUUAGGCCCUUCACCGACGUUAUGCAUCCCAAAACUACCCCCUACUCUUCUAGAUUAUCCUGAAUUCAGCUUUGUACCCUCUCAAGGAAGCAUGAGUGAUGCCAUCUCUUCAUCGCAACCGCCUUUCUACAGUUUCUUGCCUAUGGGACCAAACAGCUGUGAGAAAACUUUGAAUGAACCUAGAAGGGAAGCACUGGAUGGUGUUGAUCUCAACUUGAAGCUGUAGAAGUCCUGCCAAGGAAAGGUAUUUAGUGGAGGCUUAUAUUGUUGCAGCAUGUUUACGGCCAAUUAAUGUGAAGUGAGGUGUAACGGGAUUUGUUUGAAGCCUGUGUAUCUAGAGAGAGUAGCAUAUGGACUGCUUUUGUUAGAACCAAGUGUUUCAUUCAUGUCAAAUGAUUUUCCAGUUUCUGUUACUUUGGAUGUUCUUGGAUUUUUAAAGCCGUAUCACUCAGGUUUAGUUCCAAGAAAAA